AAACGCGCGGAAUCAACGUUCAGCUUAUUUCUUUGUUUUGUUUUUGUCAGCAUUUACGUUGGAAGAAAAUCAUUUUUCUUUAAAAUUUUAAGAUGAGUGAAUUGACUUUUGAAAGUAUUUUGAUACAAGUUAGAGAUGCACUUCAAAGGAACGGAAUCAAGCUAUGGGAAGUACCAUAUUACUUAAAUACGUCAUCGAAUGACACAGAAAUGAUGAAUCUGGCAAGUAAUUUUAGUGACACAUUGAAUAUCAAAUAUGAUUAUUGUUUAGCUGCACUUAACGAACUUCAAGAUCAUGCACUAGAUAAACUAAAAUCAAAUGAGGAAUUAAGGAAAGAAGGCGUUGCAACACUGAAAGUAAGAGUGCCAUGUAAUCGUUCUGCUGGAGGAACUAAAUUGUUGUCACUCAAAGUUAAGCUUUCAGACAUGACAGAAAGCCUAUUAACGUUAGUAUCUGAGGAGUUGAAUAUUCCGUCCAAUCGAAUAAAAUUAAUUAGUGGAGGAAGGGUCUUGAUUCAUCAAAAGACGUUAACAGAGCAAAAUGUGAAAAAUUUCCAGCAGAUUAUGGCGUUGGAAAUGAAAAUUGACCAAGAUGAAGCGAAAGCUGAAACUGAGAUUUACGAUCGGGUAUUAAAAAUCAGAAAAGAUGCUGAAGUUCUAAUAAAGAAUUCCAAAAAUGACUACUUUAAGCUCGAAAAUCAAAAUGGAGAAGCUAUUCAUCUCCCUGAAGUAGAACGAACAGCCUUAAUGAUGGGGCUUUUAUUUUACGAGAAGGGCCGUGUUCAACUUAAGAAGGAAAACUACAACGAGGCUUUGAUAUUAUUCCUUGAAGCUGAUAAUGAAAUUAAAAACUGCAAUGCUUCAAUCCUUAAAAGUAUCGAUAACGUUGCACUGUUAAAUUUAGAUAUUGUUUGGUGCUAUUUACAACUUAAAAGCAUAAUGCAACUACCUGAUGCAGAAAGAAGAUUAGAAGUGUGUGAAGAUAGUUUCAAACGAACUUAUGGUCAAAAUUUUGAACGCGUAAAAUCAAUCAAAAAUUCAGACAUGUCUGAAAGGUGCUUAAUUGUGCGCUUAAAAUUAUUGAAAGCUGUUUUAAACUUUCAUCAGAACAGACGUAGCGAAGCAUCUGUAUUCUUAUCUAUGGCAGAACAAGAAAUCUUAGAAUUAAAAAUUGAUGAUGAAAAAGUUUUAAUGCUUGUUGAAAUGGGAUAUAGUCGAAGUGAAGCUAUUGUUGGAUUGAGGAAUACUUGCAACUUGUCAAUUGACGCAGCCAUCAACUCGAUUUUAGACAAGAGGCAAAAAAUUGAAAAAGCACGAAGCACUGGUAAAAAGGAAAGAUAUCUCGGUAAAUGUUUACAAAGCCUUGGUUUCGAUGUUAAUCCAAAAGACGUUACUAAAUUAACGGAUAUGGGAUUUUCUCGAGAAUCAGCUGCAAUGGCUCUACAAAAGUCAAAUAACGAUAUAACAGAAGCAAUCAAUUUGCUACAAAAUGAAGGUGAUCAAUUGAAAAAAGAGAUGCUACAGUUCAUUAAACCCGACCAUGAAUUAAUCGAAAAACUAAAAGCUUUUGGGUUUGAUGAAACAUUAGCCACAAACAUAUUAAGGUUGAAUAUUAAUAAUUUUGAUGCUGCAUUAGAUACUCUUUUGCAAAUGCAGAAGGACGGAGAUUUUAAAAUACCAUCAGAAUUGGCUAAUUUUAUCAACACAUCAUUCAACGUUGGAGCUUCUACAUCUAUUGGUACAAACGAAAAUACAAGCAAUAAUAAAAAGAUGAAGUUGGACAAUAAUUUAUCAACCGAAGAUGAGAUGGCAAUUUUUGACGACUUGCGAAACGACUUGGAUCAUUUGGACGAAGAUGAUGAAUAUUUAACCUUCACAUUGAAAAAAGAACAAGAGUUAUUAAAUCAAUAUAAGCGUGCUUUAGGAUUAUAAUAAACGAUUCUUUGCAAAAAGUAAAGAAAGCACAACAAAAAAAUUAAUAAAGAAUCUAUUGAAUAUGUGAUGAUCCUCUUUUUUACAACGUGGCUAUAAAAAAAUAUCUGUGUUAAUGUCAUCAUGAUAUCGAAGGAUCGUUAAGUCUGACCUUGACCAAUAAUAUUUUUUUUUGCCACACGAAAAUUGUUAUGCAAAGUUUGAAACUAUGGACCAAUAAAUUGAAUUUAUUUGAAUUUUUCAA